CGAACUAGUUCAUUAUUCGUGAAAAAAGCCUGGAUGUGACGCCUGCAACUCAGCAAACUUUAUAUUAAUUUUAAAUAAUAAUCCUUAAAGAUGUCUUCGCGUUACGAUCGCGCUGUUACCAUUUUCUCGCCUGACGGACAUUUGCUGCAGGUGGAAUAUGCCCAAGAGGCUGUACGCAAGGGCUCCACCGCGGUUGGUGUGCGCGGCGGCAGCUGCGUUGUGCUGGCCGUGGAGAAACGUUCGGUGGCCAAGCUGCAGGAGGAUCGCACAGUGCGCAAAAUUUGCCUGCUCGACCAGCACAUUGUGAUGGCAUUUGCGGGACUCACUGCGGAUGCGCGUAUUCUGAUUAAUCGUGCCCAAGUGGAGUGCCAGAGCCAUCGCUUGAAUGUCGAGGAUCAAGUUACGGUGGAGUAUAUCACGCGCUACAUUGCCCAGCUGAAGCAGAAGUACACGCAGAGCAAUGGUCGGCGUCCCUUUGGUAUUUCCUGUCUGAUUGGCGGCUUUGAUGGCGAUGGCACGGCGCAUUUGUACCAAACGGAGCCCUCGGGUAUUUUCUAUGAAUACAAGGCCAAUGCCACGGGCCGUUUGUCCCAGACUGUGCGCGAAUACUUCGAGAAGUACUAUCGCGACGAAGAGGUGCUCUCUGAGCAAGGUGCCGUCAAGCUGGCCGUGCGCGCGCUGCUUCUGGUGGCCCAAACGGGCCAGAACAACCUGGAGGUGGCCAUCAUGGAGCACAACAAGCCGCUAAAGAUGCUGGACCGGGCAGCCAUACAGGCGUAUGUGAACAUCAUAGAGAAGGAGAAGGAAGAGGAGCUCGAAAAGAAGAAGCCAAAGAAGUAACCAGAACACGGGCUAGCUAACAAAAUACCAUCAAUUCAAAUGUUUUCCAAACUCAAGCCCCUUGCUAUAAUUCCCCUAAAGAUUAUCUCUUACUCUCAUUCAAUCUCUGCCAUUAAAGGAAAUCAUUUAACA